AUGGAGGCCUGCUGGAUGCUGGGGCUGGCCCUCUGCCUCCUGCUGGGGCCUCUUGCAGGGGCCAAGCCAGUGCAGGAGGGGGCAGACCCCUAUGCUGAACCUCCGGCCCUGCCCUACUGGCCCUUCUCCACCUCUGACUUCUGGAACUACGUGCAGUACCUGCAGAGCCUGGGUGCCUACCCACAGCUGGAGGACCUGGCCCGCACCUUCUUUGCCCACUUCCCCCUGGGGAGCACCCUGGGCUUCCACGUCCCCUACCAGGAGGACUGACGCCUGCCUGACUGCACUGCCCUUGCCUGGGGGUGACCCAUAGCCAUGGUGGGGUGGGGGUCUGGUGGCUUCACACCAGUAA